AUGGCAGAGCAGCCCGAAACAAAGCGGUUGAAGAGGUCUUGUGCUACGCCUCAAGCGCAUUCGUGGCCUCUGGUUCCUGGGAUGCUAGUGCUGGAGAUUUGCCGUUGGCUCGGCGGCCAUCAAUUGGCAGCCAAAGAAGGCCGGCGGCGCUUCCUCCAAGCCGAAGCCAUGGGCUCGGUGGUGUGCGUGGACCGCUUCUGGCGGCGCUGCUGUGAGGCGGCCUGCUGGGAGCUCUUCAGCCAGGAGUUCCAGCAAGUGCUGCGCACCCCUGGGAUCGGCUUCAGCCCUUUGCGGGCAGCGCAGCAAUUGGAAGCCUGGUGGGAAGAGCAAGCGAGUACUGAGCUGGACGCACCCCUCGUUGCUGGCCUGGUGGCGGAGUCUCGGCUUGGGGCUGCCUGGGCCUCACGCUUUCGCUUUCGGAGAGCUUCCAAGAUUGUGAAGUGGAAAGAGCUUCCGCGGUACUCUGACGCAGACUUCGACCGGAAAAUGGACGAAUACAGCGCCGACGACGGCCCCGUGAUGCAGAAAGGAACCAAGAUUAAUGGGUAUGGUAAAGUGACCCACAUCGUCUCUGCUGCACUUUCCAACCAGAAGGAGGUGCUUGAGAUUCGCGCGGAGAUGUUCUAUGAAGUUGACGAGGGCAACGUGUCGGAUGACAGUCAGGUCUGGGUGACGAUGCGCCCAGCUGGGCGGGUGACUCAGAAGACGCCGGGGAAGGUCUUGCUCGAGAUGCGACAGCGGCUCGAGACUGACGAGGAGGACGGCUAUUUCAAUCAGGAUGUGGCCAAGUCAGUGGCAAGCUUUUUCGGAAGAGAGACCAUCGAGGACUCCAUGCAAGACUUGAGGAUCUUGCUGCAAAGCAUUUUCAAUGGCGUGGAGGGGCCCUGCUCGUAUGCUCCGAUGUGGUCUCGUCAGCUGUGCUCGCUCAUCAAGCAAAGAAAUGGUGCUCACGAUGACCUUUCCAGCGACGACGACGAAGACCUUUCCAGCGACGAGUGA